UUCAUUUUAAUUCCAAUCAGGCAAGUGGUUUUCUCCAAGCGCCGAAAUGGGCUGCUAAAGAAAGUAUUUGAGCUUUCAGUUCUAUUCUUCUCUGCGACGCCGCUCUCAUCAUCUUCUCUCCUAGAGUAAAGCUCUAUAAAUUUGCCAGUACAAGAUACAUAAAAACCCUAAAGAGAAGCCCAAAAAUGGUAGCAAUUCCGUUGGAAGUAAUCGCCGACAUACUAUCAAGAUUACCGGUGAAACCCCUUCUGCAGUUCAGAUGCGUAUCGAAAUCAUGGUGUGCUCUGAUCGACAGCCCACAUUUCAUCAAAUCGCAUCUAAAUCGAUCCAUCGAAACCAACACCAAUCGCAGGCUCAUUUUCAGUGAUUUCGACCUCUUCUCCAUAGACUUGGACUCUCCCGAUGAUGAUUGGCUAGCUCUUGACCACCCGUUGAAGAAUGAGGAAGCCACAAUAGUGAUCGGAAGUUGUGAUGGCUUGCUCUGUUUGUGUGAAUCGUGGAAAGACAUUACCCUCUGGAAUCCUUCCACCAGAAAACACCACAAGUUACCGGUCACACCGAUUGAGUUCUCACGCAAAGGUUGGAGGAGUGACGAUAGCAGAUACGGGUUUGGGUAUGACAGUGUCAGUGAUGACUACAAGGUGGUGAAAAUAACAUUGUAUCACUUUGAAGACGAUGUUGAUUCAUUUGACUCUGAAGUGGAGGUGUAUAGUCUGAAGUCGAAUAGGUGGCGAAGAAUUCAAGCUUUCCCUUAUUAUCUUCUGUACAGGGGGAGGAAUGCUAUAUUCACUAAUGGAGCUUUGCACUGGGUUGGGUGUGAGUCAGAUAGCACCAAAUUGAUUGCUGCUUUAGAUCUUGGGGUUGAGGAAUAUCGGUUGGUGGCACAGCCUGAUUAUUCUGAUAAGGAGUUUAAAAUGAAUGUGGCAGUUCUAGGAGGAUGGCUUUGUGUACUUUGCCACUAUCACAGCUUUUGCGAUUUGUGGGUGAUGAAGGAGUAUGGAGUUAAGGAAUCUUGGACUAGAUUAUUUUCUGUUUCAAUGCCGAAGAUCAGCUUUAGUCCGUUCGAUAUUGUGAGGCCUUUGGCUUUUUCCAGGAGUGGUGGGGAAGUAAUACUGCUACAGGGUGGUGAAAGGUUUGUUUGGUAUGAUUUAAAAAUGAAAACAAUCACAAAAGAAAUUAAGGUCUACCAGGCGGAGAUCGAUGGACUUUUUGUUUGUUUUGGUAGUCUUGUUCCGCUUCGGUGAUGAUGGUGGAAGUGAUUAGAAGCAGCAAGCUUGAAGGUUAAAAGGCUAUUUAGCUAUGGAAGUUGAAUACAUCUAUUGCAAUCAGGGGAUCCAGAAAACAUGCCAAAGAAAAGUGAAAUCAAUCCCAAGGAGAAUAAUAUAUCUUGAAUAUCCCAAAGUUGUUGUGGUUGAGUUUUGUCUAAAAUGGGAAGCCCUGAAGUGAUUGGAUGAAGAGACAGUUUUUUUUUUUCGAAUGUUGAUGAAAAGAGACAAGUUCUUCAAGCUGAAAUCUCCCAUAUCCUUUCUCGGGUUUUUGGUGUGGUUGUGACAUUGAACUUUGAGUAUGGCCUCAUUAUUUUGAGUACAGAAAACUAAAUACUAUGCUUUGAAACUGUGAACUUGAACUUUGUAUUUGAGUCUAGCUGCAUUAUUUUUGCUUCUAUUACUAAAGGUUUUUAUUAUUGGUUGGUAAAUAAAAAAAGGUUGUACUGUCA